AUGGCUGACAGCGCGGAGCCCGCCGCCGCCCCGGCCCCAGCCCCUUCGAGCUCGCCGGCGCAGAGGCAGCGGCCGGGCGGCGCCCCCAGCACGGCGGAGGAGGGCGCGGCGGCGGCUGUGCCGCGGCUGGCGCUGGGCGGCCCGGCGGGGGUCUCGCUGCCGCGGCUGGAGAAGCCCAUCAAGCAGGCCUUCUACAACACCGGGGCGCUGCUGUUCGCGGGGCUGUGCUGCGGCGCCGCCGUCCUGGUCUACUUCAUCCUGGAGGCCUUCCUGCGGCCGCUGCUCUGGGCCGUGCUCUGCGGCACCUUCCUGCACCCCUUCAAGAGCUCGCUGACGGCGCUGGGCCGCCGCUGGCUCGGCCGCCUGCACCGCUCCCGCACGCCCGUCCUGCUGGCCGCCCUGCUGCUGCCCAUCUGCUUCGCCAACUACGGCGUGGAGGCGCUGGGCGAGCAGGUGCUGCGGCGGCGGCGGCUGCUGCUGCUGCUGGGCGCCGGGGGGCCUCUGCUCUACGGGCUCUACUGCCUGGGCAGCUCCCUGGGCGUGCAGGUGCUGCUGGCCCAGGCCGCCCGCCUCAUCUGCCAGGGGCUGGACUACUUCAGCAGCCAGUGGAUAUGGACCUUGGUAGUUGGUUACCUGUUGAUGGUUUCGUUCAAGUGGAAUCUAAGCACCGAACGCUACUUAAAAGCAGUUUCAGUCCCUGUCUGGAUUAUGUUGCUUUUUCAUUUAGCUUCUGUGGCUGGUUCCUGGAGAAUUCCUGUAUUUCUGGUUAUAGUUGUUCUGAUGACUGUAGGCAUGUUGCAUGAACAGCAGAGUGGAAAUGAGUCUUCUGGGACAGAGCUUCCUGGUCAGAUGAUUUCCAUUGCUGCUUCGACAAUUGCCAUGGCAAUAUCAAUUACAGAAGAUGAAUCAAAUAACAAACAAUCCUCACAACCCUCAGAAGCAACAGAAAGUAAUCAACCUGCACUUGCUUCAACUUCUUUUUCCUCCUCUUCAUCGUCCUCUGGGAGCAGGCAAAGGCCCGAGAUUGGAGCUUUUCUUAGAAAAAAGAAAACAAGCGAUGUUUACUUUGUUACACUUGUGUGGGCCAUCGUCAUUGUGCAGAUAUGGCUAAAUUUCUGGAUUGUGCAACUAUUACCGGUGCCUUUUGCAGCUUGGGCGCUUAAAAAACUUGUGGUCCACUUUGGAGUUUUGAGCUUCAUGGCAAACCGUUGCAGCAGUUGGUGGCAACUUGUGGAAGAUUUUGUGAUGGAGCGUCAGGAAGCUCUUGCUCCACGGCCUAUUAGAGGGCUUGGAAGAGUAAUGCUAAAACUUGACAGCAAGAUGGUCGUAUGGUUGGAGAAAAUGCUAGAUAAAAUAAUUAGCAUUUUCAUAAUAUUUUUGCUAGUCAUAGGAACCCUUCUGCUAGCCCUGCUCCUUACUGCAAAGGUACAUCAAGAGAGUGUUCACAUGAUUCAAGUCACUAGCAGCUUGAUCAAUGAGACAGUAGCCAGUCACCCAGAAUGGGCAAACUGGCUUCCGGAAGCCCAGGUUAUUCAGAAGGCACUCAAUUCAGCGGCUAAUAACGUAUAUCAAUAUGGCCGAGAAUGGAUUACACAUAAGCUCCAUAAGAUUUUGGGAGAAAAAGUGAACAACACUGCUGUGAUUGAAAAACAAGUUCUAGAGCUCUGGGACAGGCUUUAUCAUUCUUGGUUUGUAAAGAACAUAACGCAUUCUGGAAGGCAUAAAGGACACAAAUGGCAUAUAAACCGUCAGAACAGUUGGCUUGGUGAUAUUUUGGACUGGCAAGAUGUUGCAUCAUUUGUUCAUGAUAACAUUGAGACGUUUCUUUCGAUCCUGGAGUCUCUGUGGAUAGUGAUGAGUCGCAAUGUGAGCCUCUUGUUUACCACAGUAACAACAUUAGUGACAAUUCUCUUCCAUAGCGGGACAGCUCUUCUCAAUUUUGUGCUCUCAGUGGUGAUUUUCCUGACCACAUUAUUCUACUUACUGAGUUCCAGUGAUGAAUACUACAAGCCAGUAAAAUGGGUGAUUAGCCUGACACCUUUGUCUCAGCCAGGUCCCUGCUCAAACAUAGUUGGCCAGUCGGUGGAAGAGGCAAUAAGAGGUGUAUUCGAUGCUUCUCUCAAAAUGGCUGGGUUCUAUGGACUCUACACUUGGCUGACUCACACAGUAUUUGGGAUUAACAUAGUCUUCAUACCAUCUGCAUUAGCAGCAAUCCUUGGAGCAGUUCCAUUUCUGGGGACAUAUUGGGCAGCUAUUCCUGCGGUCCUAGAUUUGUGGCUUGUGCAAGGACAAGGAUGUAAAGCCAUUUUACUCUUGGUUUUUCACCUGUUGCCAACCUAUUUUGUAGAUACAGCAAUUUAUUCGGAUAUAUCGGGAGGUGGUCACCCUUACCUGACUGGUCUUGCAGUAGCUGGUGGGGCAUAUUACCUGGGACUGGAAGGAGCCAUCAUAGGGCCAAUCCUACUUUGUAUACUUGUGGUUGCCUCCAACAUAUAUAGUGCCAUGUUGGUGAGUCCAACAAAUUCACUGCCCACUCCGUCACAAGCAGCAUGGCCAUUACAGAUUUACCGGUCAUCGAGGGAGAGUCCUGAAGAGAUGAAAACAGCUGCAGAAUGAUGUAGGUGCUGUGCUGCACCUAUUCAACAUGAACGAAUCACACUGCUGUCCUGAGUCUACUACAGCCAUGGCCUUCUGUCCCUGUGCCUAGGGGCAGCUCACAGGGAAGCACAGUUUGGUUUUUAGAAGCCACCACUUGAACAUUUGCUGGCCUUACAUUAUUGUGCACUUUGCCCCUUCAAGGGAGACUGUCUACUUCCCAUGGCUUUGCAUAUUAACACACAGUUCAAUUGCCUUUUUGUAGACCUUUUGUCUCCUUAAAAAGGAUGAUGAAGAGGACAGGUAUAUCCACUGGAGUCGUCAUUGCUAUCUGCUGAAAUGACUAAGUUGGCUUUUAUUUAUUUGUUUAUUUGUUUUAUUAAAUUGUAGUAGCUUUAAAGAAAUCUUACUCCAAAAUAUUUAUUCUCAGUUAAUCUGAUGGCUAAAAGAUGUAAACCACUAACUGUUAAACAAAAAUAGAAUACAAUUAUUUGCUGCUCCUCAGUAUUUCUUUAGAGGCUUUGACCAUCACAUCAAUCCAUAACACUUAAAUAUUAUUCUCUUAAAAGCACUGAAGUUUAAUGUUGUUGGAGACUGGUGUUUCUAAUAUCUUCCUGAAAUUAACAGAUUUGCCAAUUGUUAAAUGUGAGUUUUUUUCAUACUGAAAUGGGAGGACUCGCGUAAAUUCUUUUACACAAAGACAACUAAUGGAGUUGUCUUCUCAACUAAAUUUAAUCAAAGGCCUUAAAUGUUUUCAGGCAGUGAUAACAAGUUUGUCGCAUCUACUUCCAAAAACAGGAAGAAGCUGUUGAAGGGAGCUUUAAUAUUGUUUUGUAAAUGCAGUGGCUGAUUUAAGGUUACUUUUCAAAAUGAUUUAGGCUUGUUACCAAAGGGGGAGGAUCCACCCCCCACUCCCAUAAGUCUCUGGACAAAUAGCUUGAGAGAGAGAAAUCUUAAAUUCCUGAAAUGGGGUGUUGCCUAGGUUGCAGAAUCAAAGUACUUCAGUGCUUUUCUUCUAUGUGUCAUUUUGCUUAAAUUUCAUUUUUGGUGGUAUUCAAGACUUUUUGUAUUGGCUGCUGAAAUAUUUUGACAUAACAGACCUUUAUACCUUUGAAAAUAGGACGGGUUAUUUUUUGAUGGAAAUUUCAGACUUGAACAGCUUUUCCACAAAUACAAUGAGGCCCUAGGUACAGAGUAGCAGUUGCAAAUGCUUUAACCAAAGAAACACCUUUCAGUUUUUAGUAAUAUAUCUUGAAUUUAUUUCGGAUUUUGAUUGAUACACAUUUAUACAAAGUACAGACAUCUUUUGCAUUUAUUGCUUGCCAUAAUGUAACUGUUGAUACACGAAUCUAUUUUAACCUAGAGAUAAGGUGAUCUAAAUAAGGAUGGAAUUGUAUGCAAACACUUCUCAGUAAUUUAGAUGUAUUUAUUCAAGAUGCAGGGAUGUUGAUAGAUAUGGAAGGGUCUCAUUGUCAUGAGAAUACAUAUAUUUUUAGUUGAUUUCUAAAAAUACAUUGCCAUACAAAGUGGCCUGUGAAGUAAUCUGAUAUUAACUAAGCAAGAAAGUCCUAUUACAGUUUUGCAAUACAUCUCAAAAUAACACAGUCAUUUUAACACAUCAUUAUAAUUCUUCGGGGUUUUGCUUUCUUAAAGUUUUUCUCUUCCUCCCUUUCACCGACCUAUCAGUAUCAAUCAUAGAAUCACAGAAUCAGUAAGGUUGGAAGGGACCUCUGGAGAUCAUCUAGUCCAACCUCCCCGCUCAGCAGGGUCACCUAGAGCAUGUUAGACAGGGUUGCAUCCAGGCGGGCCUUGAAUAUCAAAGAAGGGCCUGUGCUGUGAAGAUGAGUGGUUUUUUCUUUUUUUUCUUUUUUUUUUCAGACACAGGUAUGUUCAAUAAUAGCAAAGCAGUAAAUGAGCUUGAGAAGACAUGUUUCUGUUUUGAAGUAUUUUCUCAAUGUGAAGAGAAAUCAUUCUGUAUGGAGAAUUCAUAUUUGAUGUAAUCUUUGCUUUGAAAUGAGUCUUCAUAUUUGAUGCUUCUUGUUUCAAAUCCAAUUAAGACUUGCCAUGAAGAAUCUCCUGUAAUACAGUGUUUCUCAGUAAUGUAGGUUAAGGUUAAGUCUGAUUGAAGGAUAAACUGUAUGAUGUGGUGGUGGUACAGCAUUGGUAUAUGGCCAAAAAGGAAAAAGAUAAAAAAAAAAAAAGAAAUAAAAGAAAAUAACCAAAACUUCAGUAACACCUUACAAUAGGAAGCAGUCACUAAGUUUUGCUACAUUGAAAAAACAAAACAAAACAACUUGUGGAAAAGCAUACCUUGAUUAUUUAGGGUUUGUUUUUAGUAAGUGUUUAAUUAGCAGUAGGAAUGGAAGAACUUGCUCUUUCAUAUUUAACAGCUCCACAUUCUUUCCUGAAAAGACCCAGCCUCUUUAAGAAACAGGUUAGUCUAAAUCAGUCUCAUGUAAACUUAAAAAUGACAAAACUGGUUGUUGUGACUUCUUGUCAUCUUAACAUACAGUUCCUGGUUUUACUGCCUUGUCUGCAACAGCAACCAGCAACCACAUGAGAUUAAGCUUUCAGAUAGCUUGUGGGAGUUUCUCUCUGUCUUCCCCCCCCCCCCCCAAAAAAAAAAAAAAAAGUAGGGGGAGGAAGGAAUCUCAUGCACCCCUUUUUGCAGUUGCAUUUAACUGUAUAGUUUCCUUAGUAGAUGCGAUAUUUUACAGCAUUCUUACAGGAACUAGCACAAGAAACUGAUGGUCUUUAGCUUUGUCAUUCCAAGAGUAGGUAUUUAAUUGCAUUUGGUACAUUUAGUAUUCAAUUUAUAACAAAACAAUUUAAAAUUCAGAAAGGAAUGCUUAUAGUAGUAAGGCCAAACAAUGUGAUCUCAUGAUAUUGCAAAAUACAAUUAUGUUCUAUUUUAUCAUUCUCUUCUAGCAAGUCAGGUUUGUUGCAAGUAAGUUUAAUGCCGAAGGGCUAGAGAGAACUGAGUAAAAGUUAGCUUUUUCUGCUUAAAUAAGUUGCCUCUGGGCAGGAUUUACGACCUAAUUUUGGGGCCGUUCAAAGGUGAGCUAAUCUGGCUUUACUUUCUUUAGUUUAGCUGAACGUUAUUGUACUAUAGCAGAGUUAGUAGAAGUAAGUAUGUGCAGUUUACAGCUCAGCAAGUUAACUUCAGGCCACUAAGUAUUGGUUUAGUUGAAUACAAACUGCAGUGGGUGAGAACAACCUUCAGCAUAGACACAGCACAACCAGUUGCUUACUGCCAGGGGGCAGUAAUGCCUUAAUUUGCAACACUGCUUUUUAAAACAGCGUCUUUAAUACUACAGUUGUUCAUACUGCAUUCAUUUUUCAGAAACUAAGUUGAUACCCAUAGCAUCAAAUUUUGGAGAGAGCAGUCUGUUUUUUCCAUGCACAAUGGUAUGCAUUUUCAGCUCAUCUAAAAGUACCUUUUAGUAUGUCUCAUUUCCAAAAUACCUGGAUUUUAAGACUUUGGGAGGAAGUUGUACUUGUGCAUCUUAUGUUAGUGAUUAUUGUAUUAGGAAAUCCAUAACCUGGUUAACCUAACAAGUAGGAAAAAAGAAAAAGCUUUACGUUUGGAAAAUUGGACUGAUCUCUCUAGCAUUAGAUAUUGUGGUUAUCAACAUAAGUUCUGGAAAAUGUGUGUGGUAUGUAUGCCUGUUAUGUUGAAUACUAGCUUUUUAAAAGCCUGAAAAUACAAAAAUGAGUAAAAUUGCACAGCAGUAAAAGGGACAGCAAAAUUGCUGUUUUGCUUAAUGCCUAGCCCUGGAGGUGAAGUACUUCAUAGAAUGCUGUCUCUCCUGCACACCUGAUGGGAAGGAUCUAAGAUAGGAAGUGAGGAUGGGAAAAUAACUUUAUUCUACUGGAUUGUAUAGCUUUACAUCAGUGGUAGGAGAUGCUCCUACAACUGCCUUUAUUCAAGCAUUAUGUUCAUGUUACUGGCUUAAUCUAUCAUUGUAGAGUUCGGUCUCUAUAGAAGCUAUCUGUAGAAACAGCUACACUUUUCUUCAGAAAAUGCUGAAAGCUGUUAGGACUGGAGUUGGUAUUGAUUGCAUUUAAUAAUGGAGGUGGCAUUGUUCUUCCAGAGAUGUUGUUUUCCUUGAAGUUUGCAAUUGUAAAAUUGCAAUUCCUAACUGAAUAAUCAUUACUUGAGUCACAGUUGGCAUCCGUUAAACACAUGGAUAUAUAAUCUUUAUAAAUUUUAUAUUGGCUUGUAUUUCAAAGGUGUUUUUCUUACUAUUUCAUACUUUUUUUUCAGGAAACAUACUUUGGCAAAUAAUUUCAUUCUUAUUUCUAGUUCUACAGAAUUAGAAUUGCCUAGCAUCUCUUAACAAAGGUUAUAGCAGUUUGAUCUUUAACAUGUUAUUGUUUUUCUCUCCUUUUUAGUAAAAUACCUUAAUGCUUUAUAAUUAAGAAAAAAAAAAACUCCAAAAACAUUUUAUAGUGAAAAAAAUUGGAAACUAAAAACACUGCAAUUUGGAAAAUGAGCCUGGUAUUGUGAAACCAGAAAUGCCAGAAGUGAUGAGCAUAUUCAAGGAUUCUACAUUGGGAUUGCAAAUGUAUAGCACUGCAUAUCAUUAUAUAUGUAGAGAUGAACAAUGUCUGUCUUGUAUUCAGAUCUUAACUGAAAUUGUCUUCUGUUUUUAAGAUAUCUGAGAACAAAAUAGUGCC